UCCCCUCCCCACGCCGUUCCGAGGCCCAGGCGGCUCUGCCCAAUGAGGAACGGCGUUGCUGGCAGGUGGGGAGUGUUUUUGUUUUGGGUUGAAGUUGAGGCUGAGGGGAGAGAAGAGCUAGCGACAAGCAGUCGUCGCAGCCGCCGGCUCUGCGGGAGGUGGAGGAGGCCCCGCCGGAGCCGAGAGGUUUCUGCUCCUCGCUGACGGCCCCUGCCCGCCGCUCCUCCACCUCCUCCCGGUCCCGGAACUCCCGGGCCUGCCCGGGGCCCCCAGUCUUUGCACUCCGCACGCCGUAGCACCCGGCCCCGGCCGCACCCGCCGACCCCAUGAGGAGGGACGUGAACGGAGUGACCAAGAGCAGGUUUGAGGAAACUGGGGAUUUUUUUCUCCAAGAAAAUGGAAGCUGAGGGUUCUGGACCCAGGAACAUCAGAUGCAUGAAGAGGAUAGGGGUUUGGAGCCAAGGAAUUAAAUGAAAAUCUGCAUACAGACUGAUGUUCUCAAAUAGUGAUGAAGCUGUAAUCAAUAAAAAACUUCCCAAAGAACUCCUAUUACGGAUAUUUUCUUUUCUGGAUGUUGUUACCUUGUGUCGCUGUGCUCAGGUCUCCAGGGCCUGGAAUGUUCUGGCUCUGGAUGGCAGUAACUGGCAGCGAAUUGACCUGUUUGAUUUCCAGAGGGAUAUUGAGGGCCGGGUAGUGGAGAAUAUUUCAAAACGAUGUGGGGGCUUUUUACGAAAGUUAAGUCUUCGUGGGUGUCUUGGAGUAGGAGACAAUGCAUUAAGGACCUUUGCACAAAAUUGUAGGAACAUUGAAGUACUGAAUCUAAAUGGGUGUACGAAGACUACAGAUGCUACAUGUACUAGCCUUAGCAAGUUCUGUUCCAAACUCAGGCACCUUGACUUGGCUUCCUGUACAUCAAUAACAAACAUGUCUCUUAAAGCUCUGAGUGAGGGAUGUCCACUGUUGGAGCAAUUAAACAUUUCCUGGUGUGACCAAGUAACCAAGGAUGGCAUCCAAGCACUAGUGAGAGGCUGUGGGGGUCUCAAGGCCUUAUUCUUAAAAGGCUGCACACAGCUAGAAGACGAAGCUCUCAAGUACAUAGGUGCACACUGUCCUGAACUGGUGACUUUGAACUUGCAGACUUGUUUACAAAUCACAGAUGAAGGUCUCAUUACUAUAUGCAGAGGGUGCCAUAAGUUACAGUCCCUCUGUGCCUCCGGCUGCUCCAACAUCACAGAUGCCAUCCUGAAUGCUCUAGGUCAGAACUGUCCACGGCUUAGAAUAUUAGAAGUGGCAAGGUGUUCUCAAUUAACAGACGUAGGCUUUACCACUCUGGCUAGGAAUUGCCAUGAGCUCGAAAAGAUGGACCUGGAAGAAUGUGUUCAGAUAACAGAUAGCACAUUAAUCCAACUUUCUAUACACUGUCCUCGACUUCAAGUAUUGAGUCUGUCUCACUGUGAGCUGAUCACAGACGAUGGAAUUCGUCACCUGGGGAAUGGAGCCUGCGCCCAUGACCAGCUGGAGGUGAUUGAACUGGACAACUGCCCACUAAUCACAGAUGCUUCCCUGGAGCACUUGAAGAGUUGUCACAGCCUUGAGCGGAUAGAACUCUAUGACUGCCAGCAAAUCACACGGGCUGGGAUCAAGAGACUCAGGACCCAUUUGCCCAAUAUUAAAGUCCACGCCUACUUCGCACCUGUCACUCCACCCCCGUCAGUAGGGGGCAGCAGACAGCGAUUCUGCAGAUGCUGCAUCAUCCUAUGACAAUGGAGGUGGUCAACCUUGGUGAACUGAGUAUUUAAUGACACUUCUAGAGUUACAAUGGAGUCUCCAGUGGAAGCAACCCCAGUGUUCUGGGCAAGGGUUACAAAGUGAGGGCAGCGUCCAGAUCCCCGAGGCACACAUAACAUGCACACCCAUCCUCACCCCCACCUUCUAGUUCUGUGACCAGGGGACUGAAGCCCAUGCCGGCUUUAUCAAGUGGAUUGGUGAAACUUAACCAUUCCUGUUGGACAUGCCAAGAAGAAAAUCAUAGGCAAGGUAGAGGGAAGGGGGCAUUCCAGCAAACCCAGUGUUAUUGCUAUUGCAGUUUCUUCAUUUUGUUAAGGGGUUUCUUUGGUGAUUUUGGAACAGCAACUGCAGUCCUCCAGGGUCAAGGAAAGCAUAGAAAAACAGUAUAUGUUAUAUCCAGGGACCAGAAAGAAAAUUUCUUUGCAUCCUAUAAAUGAUAGCCAUCCAUCGUGAGAUGACUACAGAGCUUCUCUGCUUCCUUGUUCCCAUGCCAACAUGCUGAGCAUGCUCACAAAGAAGGCUCAUCCAUUCCUCCUCCUGUGUUUAAGUAUUUGGCCCAGAGGUUUCCUAAAUGGUUGUGCUGAAAUCGCUGUGGUCCAAAUGUGCUUACUCACUCAAAUUGUCACUCUCGGUAGCACACUUGUGCACCUGUCUUUCGUUCUUUGUUGCUCCCUCCUGCACUCUUGCUCAGUCUGUCACCUGUUCAUAGUCUGCUUACUCACACUCAGUUGUUACUCUUUUGCUGUUGUGUUUACAGUGUGCAUUUUGGAUGAUUAGUUGGGGUUACCAAACAUUUUUAAAAAAGACAGUAUCAAUAAAUAUUUUUUUAAUUCUAAAUUUUACCAUUAGGGGACCCUGCCUGAAUCUUUGCCAACCUGAAGAGAAACUAUAACAAAAAUAAGAAAUGUUAUGAGAAGAAAUUGAGCUAAAACUAUUUUGACGAAAACAAACUUUGCCUUUUGGUUUCUGUUAUACCUUGUGAUAUAUAAUAAUACGCAUGAUAUACCCAAUAUCCCCCUGCACAUUUUUCCUUCCAUCAAACUCCACUAACUUAAUAAGGAGAGAGAAAUGCAUUAUUAGUAAAGAAUGGAAUGGUGAAUCCCAAAAUUGAGCCUGAAGGCCCCCCUACCCACACUCAGACAUGUCAUAUGUUCACUGAAAUCGAGGUGUGAGUGGUAUCAUCCCUGAUUUGUGUCUGUGAAGUUGUUUGCUUUAGUAUGAAUGCUGCUACAGUUGCUGUGCAGUCUAGCUGGUCAGUUUCUCUCCCCACCCCCCCCAUUUCAGCCUAUCAGGGACACAAGAAUGACCCUAGAAUAGCUGGUCAACUAUAUGUCAGUGUUGGUGGUAUAUUUCAAAUGUUGGCGCCAGAACCACUUCAAAACCUGUCAACCAUAUCUCUCUUGUGCUCCAGACUUCCUGUGAAUGAAAUAGGGGGGUAACCAGGUGAAGGCUUUGGGGCAGGAGAAAGAAAACAUUGAGAGGAAGUAGGGGGUUCAGUGUCUCUGCCCAGCAUAAUCACCAGAGCCGAAGGCAGGUAUUCAGUGUCCGUGACUCAAAGAAGAGGCCUCCUUUCUUCUUCCUUCCUCCCCCCCAAAAAAUCAUAAAGGAUGAGGGAAAUAAGAUGAGUUUCUCAAGUAUGAGAAGUAGAUUUCUAAACCCCAAGGUUGAACAUCUUGUGUGAUUUUUUAAUAGGACUUUUUUUCGGGGGGGGGGGGUCUUUUAGGACAUUAUCGCUCAGUCUGCCAUGAUCUUAGAUCAUCUUCUGCAUGACCUAGACUGUUGUAAGUCUUGUUGUAAUGCUGCAGGUGCUGGCUCUACCAGCAUAUGUAAGAAUAAAGUAGAACUUCUUUCUCCAAAAGCAAUCAGAUGAAAGGGUCCUAGAAAUCUGUAUGAUUCACCAUUAUCUUGCAUGUUAAAUUUAUUUUAUUUAAAAAUUUUUUCAAUGUCUAUUUAUUUAUUUUGGGAGAGGCAGAGAGAGAAUCCCAAGCAGGUUCUGUGCUGUCAGCACAGAGCCUAACCCUGGGCUCAGUCUCAUGAAUCAUGAGAUCGUGUCCUGAGCCAAAAUCAAGAGUCGGACGCUAAACCAACUGAGCCAUCCAGACGCUCCUGCAUGUUAAAUUUAUUUAAAUCCUACUUUGUUAUGCCCUUUUAAAGGCUCAGAUUUCUUCAUUUCCCCUUCCCUUUAUCUUCUUUUCAAAUUAUCAUAUGAGGAAUAUACUUGAAAAUUUUUUUUAUUUGAGCGUAGUCAACAUAGGAAUAUACUUUUUAAAAUGAGACUCAUUGUUAUACUCCAUCCAUACAAAUACACACAUAUGCACGCACACUUCCAGAUAUGGUUAAUAAUAUUCAGAUCCCCAGGUCACUCAUUCAAAACAAAAGUAAAAAGAAAAAUAUUUAGAGACCAUCUGCUCUAACAUAUUAUGGUUUGUUUUUUUUUUGUAUUACCUGAACAAAUUGACCGUAAAACACUGAUUGAUUAGUGAGUAUGGAUUUAAAGUGCCCACUAGUUGAGACUAUUAAUACCUCUUUACCUAAAAAGUACAUAAGUUUAAAACACCCUAUUCACCAAAACAUGAACAGCUUGGAAAUGCCGUUUCUCAACCCAAAAAGUGUACCCACGUGCAAGUCCCUGGGGACUUGCAUGGGUGAUCCCUACCCGUCUGGGCCAAGAACAAUCAAGUGAGAGGAAAAAGGAGUGUGCAGCACUGGCUUGUAUGUGGUCAGGACUUGUUCCUUUCCAAGAAAACUUCAGGCCCAUCAAGGUUGGGAGGAAAUAUAUUUUUUAUGCCAGUCUGCAACCUAUACCAGCUGAUGAAAUGUACCAGGACUUUGAGAAUCCAGAACAUGGUAAGUUUUGGAUAAGUGGAAACGGUUCUGCCAUCUGAACAUAGUGCUUCCUGUCUCAAUAUCAGGGACACUUUUGAAAAUUUAGUAAGGCUUCAGAGGUAUAGGAAAACCUCUCCCUAGGAACAGCUUAUUGGUCCAUUUAUCUGACUCCCAAGUCCCUGAACUUUAUGCCUUCUGUGAUGAAAAAAAAUUCAGAGUGAAUGGCGAGAUUUGGGAUAAGUCAGAAGGUACCCUCAAAGCUAUUGCAUAAACCUGCAGGUAGCCAGGAGGAAUUAAUCAUUGUCUGUGUGGAGAACAUUAUUAACAUUAUUAAACACCCAGAUCAUCUCUUUUUAAAGCAGCCUUUCCCCCCUUUUUCCAGCAUUAUUUGCUACAUCAAUAUCUUUUAUAGCCUCUACAUUGGCUCCAUCAAGAAGGGACUUCCUGUCUGCCUGAUUCCAGCCUUUUCUUUUUUUUUUUUUUUUUUUUUUUUUUUCCGCUUUGACUUCUCCCAUUUUCUUCUGAUACCCGUCCUUCUAUUUAAAGCUUCCAUCUCAUUCCCAACGAUGCUGCUGAUUUAUCCUCAGUUGUCUCCAGUCUAGCUUCCUCUUUGGGUCCUUGUCCUGAUCUAGGCAAAGUCUCCUGGGCAGCCUUGAAUUCAGUAACUGUCGUGUGCCUCAGGCCAUUUUCCACUGGGUUGUCUCGGACAUUUGCUCACCAAAUUUGAAAUCAAGCUGUUGGAUAUGAGGAAUUAAGGAGAUCUGGCUUCAUCUUUUUUUCCCCUAAUAUUUGGAAUAUGAAAGCACAUUGUGCUCUUUGUAAAAAAUGUUGUCUCCUCCUAGUCUGCUCUUUAGUGGAUGUAAAAGUAUUUCUUAAAUGGUCUUUGUAAAUUUCCACAUUCAUUACGUUGAUUUAGCAGACCUAUAAGUCAGAAAUUUUACAUAUUCCUUAUAUCACAUAUUUUAGAGGGAAACCUGGCAAAUAUUUUUAUGAUGCUUUAUUUGGGACUCUCCAAACCAUUUGAACUGUUCAAUACAGCUAUAAUACUACAGCAGUCAAGUUCUUUUAUUUCUCCUAAUUGUCUUGUAAAAUACAUUGUUACCAGUUUGAUAGCCCACUAAUGCCCUGGUGGGGUGGGGGUGGGGGGCACUAAACAAGGUGUGCAGUGGAACUUGUCCAGGUCUGAAAUUGUAGGGAAGUGUGAGAGUAGCAUUGGAAGGAAGAGGGGACGUCCUGCCUGCCUGUGUGGGCAGCAUAUCCUUGGGUGACUGUGGUUUUGGAGAAGAGGAACACUUGUAGAUCAUGGUUGACCCUUGGCCAUUUAAUGUUUAUUGUGCUGAAAGUUUCAAACUGCAUAUGACAGUUGCUAUCAGUGAGAGAGGAGGGGUUUAAAGGAAAUGGGUCUGUUCUGCCUUUCCCUCCUUGUGUGCAUGAUUUAAGAUUAGGUUUCUAGCCCCAUUGCGCAUCCUGGCUGACGGAUUCUUUCAGUGGUAUGCUUUGAGCUUAUGGAACAGUUUUUUAAGAGAUUGCCUUCCUAUGUGCCCACCAGUUCUAGGAUCUUUAAUCACCUCAAGCCCAGGCAGUGUGAGUUAGUGGAGUCUUGUUUGAGAAGAGGUGAAGGAUAUUUGGUUGGAGGUCUGGAGGCAACCCUCCCCCUUACAAUGAUCUUGAACCAAAGAUUCUCAAAGCAAUAGGAGGAUGAGGGGAAAUAUGGAAUCUAAGCCUUUCCUCAGCUUUAUUUCUAUCCUAAAUUUUAAAUGUAAUAUUGGAAGAUAGAGAAAACUAUGUAAGACCGUAUCAGUAGGGUAUAAUUAACCCAGGUAAUUUGGGAAUAACAUCUGGCUGUACCUGCUGUAUUCAGGUGCCCUAACUUAACAUCUGGUUCUCCAGCAAAGAACAUGCCGCUCUAAGCUUCCCCUCUCACUUCAUACAAACUCUCCCUGCCAGGAACUACCAUUUGAGGCAAGUGAGUUUUCUGCAUGAAGGGCUUCUGCAGCUCCCCUCACAAGGCAAGUCUACCUGUUUGUCCAUUUUUAUUCUUAGGACGUCAGCUCUCCAUCUCUGAAGGCUUUGACCCUUCUUAGGAAAGUCAUUAAGAACCUCUCACCUGAGUCUGAGUAAAUCUUUGGAGCCCAACAGAGUUACACUUAAUUUUCAGCAGAAAAAAAUUUGUUGGACAACCUCACAUGUGGGAUAUUAAGAGAAAUUCUGUAAUGUGUUUAUUCCAUCUCUGCCUUAUGUUUUUUUUGAAUAAGCCCUUAGUGGAGUUUGGUUCAAAAAUGUUGUCUCUGUGCUUCCUCAGCCAAGAUGUUUCACUGCCCUUUUAGGAAAAAGAACCAUGAACAACCAAAACUAUCAGCUGACUCUUUCUAUUUUCUAUGUUUUUCAAAAAGUGUCUUGUUUUGAAGAACUGGGGUGGGAAAAUGGUCGAUAAGACUCAUUCAGGUCUGGAACUGGGGCACUUUGCUUCAGCUACAAGCAUCUAUCCUGCCUCACACAUGUGAGUAGAUUUACUUUCCUCUCCAUUCAAUGAACUCCAUGCCCUUCUUACUGGCAAGGAGGGCUUCUGUUUUCCACGCACCUAACCAGAGUCCUCCAGAUGGGGAUUGGCAUCCCUGAAAGAACCUCCAGUGCUUCUGAGCAUGGUUUUCACCGUGGUGAGAGUGGGUAGCCAGUAAUUGAGAAUCCCCACCCUAAGAAGAGAUGGGAGAAGAAAGGUGUUCACACGCAUACCCCAGGAACGCAGGGAAAUCUUUGAAGUUACGUGUAUUUUAUUAAAGUGGAAGAAGAAAACUUUGCCCCACAAAGUUUCACUUGUCACUGUUGCUUACUACUCACUUUUACUAAUUCAAAUCUGUAUCGCACUGCUGCUCACACACGUGUUUCUUACCUUCGCCUAACCCUUCUCAGCCCCUGAAGUCACUGUUUUGUUUUUCUUUUUUCCCCUGGCACUAGCGAACGACAACCGAAAGUCUUAGAAAAUCUUAACUUGAGAAGGAGUCUCUAACUGGCAUGGUUUGAUUAAUUAUUUUACCUGCCCCCACCCCCAAAGACGUGAAUGACUUUCUUUCCUAGUGCUAUAUAAUAGAUCUGUAAUAAGUGAAACCUUUGCUGCUACUUUUCUGGGUUUACAUGUUUUUUCCUUCCCUUAAGAAUAAUUUCUUACCUGUGCUUCUCUGAUGACUGUUAAUUUCUAAUAAGUGCAGGAAGAGGUGAGCCUGAGAUUUCUUCUCUUACUCCCCUCCUCACCUUACCCCCAAACUACAUGCUAACCUCUAACAUGCACAAGAUCUGUGGGGUGGGGCUCAGCAGAAGCUACUAGUGUGUUUUCUUACCAUGCUGCAGCUCUCAGAGCUGGCCCCUGAGGAUCUGUGACUGCCCAGGCUCAAGGGUUACUGGAGGGGGAGAAAGGCCUUCUGCAUUUUGCCUUUCUCCAAGUUUUAAGACUAAACCUUCAGCUGCCUCCCACCCUGGCCACCUCCUUUUUCCUACCAGGAAUUGUUUCCAGGCAACCUGCCUCAGGCAUUUCCCAGCUGCUCUCCUCACCCUUGCCCACCUCCCGGUGACCCUGAGAGCACAGACCUGUGCAGAGCUCAGAGAGCUGUGAGGACUAUCCCUGCCUGUCAGACUCUGCCUGAGGACAGAGAUGGGUGGGUAAAUGGUGCUGCGGGAGAAAUUUUUACCUUCAAACCAGGCUGUUCCAUCCCUACACUAUAACCCCCUCUGAAACCUCUCUCUGAGGGGACAAAAGGCAGAGGAUGGUUGACUGGCAGGAUCUGAUCCCAAACAUUGCUGUGGCCUAAGCCUCGGGCAGCCAUUCGGCCUACCCUGGAGCGCUUCAGUGUGCAGGAGCUGCUGCUGGUUUCUCCACCGGGCCUGCCCCAGUGCGGCUGACACAGUUCCCUACUUGGUGACUUAACACCAGGUUCCAUUAGCUGUCCAAGUGACUGUUUGCACCCAGUACUUUUGGCGCUUGAGGAUGGGGGGAGGGAGGGUUAUUUAAAAUAAAAUCCGAGGUGGCAGUAAGGAUUCCUUUUGCUUUAAAAUCUUUGGACUAAAAGAAAAAUGUUUUUUUAUAUAUAAAUAUAUAAAGUAAAUUGUUAUGUAACUAUUAUUGUUUCCUGUAUGUUCUAAUUUUGUUUUAUGAUGUAAUUAAAGGAAAUAAGCUGUGAA